GCUGGGCUCUGGGCCAGGGCUGAUUUUCCAACUCAGUCUUAAAUGUAUAAAAAAAUACCCUACAAUUAAAUAUUAGCCCACCGUUUAACACACACAACACCUUUUCUUUUUCUCAGCCCAUAGAAAGGACAAGCCAGACAACAUUGUCUUCGAGGGAGGCGGUGAGGCUAGCGGGACCAACACUUUUCUUUCUUCUUGCUUCUUACUUCUCCGCCAGUUUUCUUCUUUCUUCUCUUCUCAUCCUUCUUUUUCUUCCUCCUUCUUUCCUUCUCUCUCUCUCUUUCUUCUUUUUCCUAGCUCAAAAUAAAUGAACCAGCUCUGCUAUCCAUCAAUUUUCUUCUUCCUCAUUUCAGUGUGGUUUCUUUGUGGCCAUUUUGGCUGGAUCACACCCAAAAAAGAAAGAAAAUUAAAUCUCUUUAGGAGUUCUGAGAUUUGCUUGUGUUCUGGUUCUUUGAGUUUUCUCUUUUGGGUGCUGUUUUGUGCUCUCAAAGCCUCACAGGUCUUUGUCUCUGUCUCUAUCUCUCUACAUUUUUUUUCUUCUGGGGGUUUGGGCUCUGAUCUUUAUACGCUUACGAUACAUGAAAAGAACUAUUUUUAAAGAUCUGAUGUUUUCCUUUGAGUAAUGAGUCGAUUUGUUUUCUUUCAUUUUGUUAGUCCGUUUAUUAUUAUUAUUUUUUUGUCUGAACCAUGAGGUGGUCCUGGAUGGGCCCCAAUUAUGGGUGACACCUUUAAACAUUAACCACAACACAGACUAAUCCCCACUCACACCGGGUCGGCCCGUAAGGGGUAAAGUAUUGGCCAAAGUGGUGACUCCGUACGAAAGCAGGGAUCGAAUCCCUGACCUCUCUUAAGGAAUGAGAGUGCCGGUUAGUCCGUUUAUUAAGUAAAAGAGCCAGCCAUUGUUUUAUAGCUCCAAGGCUUGUUUUUGCUUGUUUAAAUUUUGGUUUCUUACCAAAAAUAAAAAGAAAAAAGAUUUUGGUUUCUGAAGAAUGAGAUUUUCUUUUGAGUUUACUAGCUGUUUUUGGGCUUUUGCCCCCCUUACCAAAAAAAAAAUCUAGAUAAUUUGAAGCAUGAUAUUAUAGAAGAAGCCACAAAAAAAAUUUAGCCUAUACCCGGGAAAAAUCCUGGUUCCGGCAUUGGCAACACCAUGUCUGAUCCACCCCACCCUCUCUCUCUCUCAAGAACAGCCCCUAGCUCAUGUGAGAUAUCCCCUAGCUCAUGUGAGCAUUCCGUUCAUUAAAUUGACCAAAAUAAUAAAGUUUGUCCUAAACUUGUUAACAUAUUAAAAUAUAUGUACUCAAGUGAAAUUGGGUUCAACCACAUCCACAAAAUUUGUAAUUUAGAUAAUGUAUUUAUUUAUUUAAAUUUCUCUAUAAAAUCGUAUGAUGAAAAAACAAAAAAAAAACACGUGUAAAAUUAUAGAUUUUCUGUACGAGGAUAAAAUUGUAGAUGAGUUUUUCGAACUAAAACAAAACAUUAAAGAAUGGAUGGAUUUGGGCAGUUCGGGUGGUUUGGGCUUGAUCAAAUCCAAAAUAAAAAGCCCAAAAAAAGAAAAAAAAGCCAAGAAAUAGACGGCGUUCAUUCGAAGCUGAGAGCCGCAGAGAACUCCAGACGCCCAAAAUCCUAGCAGCAACUUCCGCUCACCACCACUCAAAUCCCACCAGAGCGACCUUCCGUUCAAAUUCUUACCCAAAUUAGACAACAAAAAACCACAACCUUCCGAGCAGCCGGAACCUGACACGUGGCAGAACCACCACCAUGCGCCGCCCGAUCAUCGCCGUUCACGGUGGCAUACGGCCGAGGCAUUCCAGACGCCGAUGAUGGUUUAUACGCCGUCGUUUUGAUAGAAAUGCCGGCAAGUCUACUGCGCCACCUGCGUCUCAAAGAGUACGGCGAUCACGAAUCCAGUCACCAUGUCCAGAUUUUUGGCCUGCGGAAAUGUAAGGAGGGGUGCAAGAUCCCUUCUUCCAGUUCAGAAAACUGGUUACUUAGAAGUUGCAAGCAGCAGGGCAUAUUACACAGUUGAAGCUCCUUACACCCUAUGCAGAUUAUUUCCAUGGUAUAAGAAUUGUUUAAGAGGGCAGUCCCCAUUUAUGUUACAGAAAGCAAAAGAUAAGUUAUUACAGGGUAGUGGUCCUAGAAACUUAUAUUCCUUAUCGCCAAGAAGGAGAGUUUCUCAACAUGCCCAAUUUGCUUGGAAAAAGCUUUCUCAGUUAUGUUCCUAUAGGGGCCCCGUUUUACCACCAACUGGUCAAAUUGCGCGUGCAGUGAGCUUGGCUUUGACACGCUCAAAUCUAGUAGCUCCUGGUGUUAUUGCCUUCAUAGUUGGAGAGUUUGCUCGGACACAGAGAACAUUGGCAGAAGCAGAAGGCCUCCCAACAAAAGACACUCUAUUCCUUCAUGCCCAAGAUGGACAUGUUUAUUUAACCUUAUUUUUGUUUUCACUUCUGGAGUGUAUUAUCUUGUUUAUCAGAGCAAUAUAUCUAGCAGUUUUGUUCUCACCAUGCAUAGCUAUGGCACCUUUUGCAAAGUCCCUUGGCAUUCAGUUUAGGAAAAUAUGGCUUCGUGUUCUCCAUCUUACACUGGAAAAAGCAGGCCCGGCAUUUAUAAAAUGGGGUCAAUGGGCUGCUGCAAGACCAGAUCUCUUCCCAAGAGAUUUGUGUAGUGAACUUGCAAAACUUCACACUCAAGCUCCAGCACAUAGUUUUAACUUCACCCAGAAAAGUAUUGAGAAGGCAUUUGGUCGCAAGCUGCCUGAAAUAUUUGAGAAAUUUGAUAUGGAACCUGUGGCAUCAGGAAGCGUGGCUCAAGUUCAUCAAGCUAUACUCAAAUACAAAUACCCAGGUCAGCAGAUCAAGCCCAUGGUCGUUGCUGUCAAGGUUAGACAUCCAGGUGUUGGUGAAGCAAUUAGAAGGGAUUUUGUGAUUAUUAAUUGCAUAGCCAAAAUUUCGAGGUUCAUCCCUUAUUUGAAGUCUUUGAGAUUGGAUGAAAGCAUACAGCAAUUUGCCAUUUACAUGAUGUCACAAGUUGAUCUGUCAAGGGAAGCUGCACAUUUGAAUCGUUUUAUCUAUAAUUUUCGAAGAUGGAAGGACGUCUCAUUUCCAAGGCCUCUAUAUCCCCUGGUGCACCCGUCUGUUUUAGUGGAAACUUAUGAACAGGGCGAAAGUGUUAUGCACUAUGUUGAUGAGCUUGAAGGAAAUGAACCAAUAAAGAAUGCCCUUGCUCACAUUGGGACGCAUGCACUGUUAAAGAUGCUUCUGGUAGAUAAUUUUAUUCAUGCUGACAUGCAUCCUGGGAAUAUUCUUGUCAGAGUAUACCGUUGCAAGUCACCAAGUAAACAACUCUUUAGAUUGAGGCCUCAUGUUGUUUUCCUUGAUGUGGGCAUGACUGCUGAACUUUCUAAGAGAGAUCAAUUAAAUUUAGUGGAAUUCUUUAAGGCUGUAGCCCUUCGAGAUGGUCGAACUGUUGCAGAGUGCACCCUUAGAUUAUCUGGACAACAAGACUGUCCAAACCCAAGGGCUUUCAUUGAGGAAGUAGAAAGAUCUUUCCAAAUCUGGUACUCCCCAGACGGUGACAUCAUCCAUGCUGCUGAUUGCAUGCAUCAAUUGCUUGAGAAAGUUCAGCGGCAUAAAGUCCGAAUUGAUGGCAAUGUUUGCACAGUGAUGGUGACCACUUUGGUUCUUGAGGGGUGGCAACGGAAGCUUGAUCCAGGAUAUGAUGUGAUGCAAACUUUACAGACAUUGCUUUUUAAGGCCGACUGGGCAGAAUCCCUCUCUUACACCAUUGAAGGACUCAUGGCCCCAUAAAAGGAUGAAAUAUCAACCUGAGUUCUCUCCACAGUACUUGGCAUGCUCAGGAAUCCUACAGAUUUCCUUGGAAGCAAGAUUAUCUUUGAUCAGGACUUUCAGAAGCAAGAUUAUCUUUGAUCAUGAUCCACUACUCUGAUAAAGUAGUUGUUUGAUCAUGGAUCAGCCUCGUUCACUGAGCUUCUGGGUCCAUUUAUGAUAAGAAAGAGAGGACAUUGUUCAUAAGAACAUAUAUACCUCUCUCACAUAUGAUAGAAGAGGAAGAUCCAUAUGCUUCAUGGAUCAGAAUAUGGAUGAUAUAUCAUCAGAACAUGAAGCAUGGUACGUUUCCAUCACAACAUGAAUCUCUCCAGUAUAUUUCAUGUUCUUCAUGUAACCUCUCUACAUUCUAAUGAUCAAAGGAAGUUUGUAAGCCUCACACUUUUUAUAGAUUGUUGUGAGUUUGCUUUUAUAUUAUAAGCAUUUUCCCUAUCACUUGUUGUUGAGAACCAGAGAUUCUCUGAUAUACUGUAUCUUUGUGAUUCUAUUAAGGGAAACUGAAUUUUUAUGUC